AUGUUUCCAUUCGUACUAUUGGCGUACGUGGUAGCCGUCAAAGUCUUCAAGAAAACAACACCAAAUGGUAAAGUCACCGUUUACCUAGGCAAACGAGAUUUCAUUGAUCACCUCGAUCAUAUUGAUCCUAUAGAUGGCAUUAUUGUCGUUGACAAUGAUUAUCUCAAAGGGAGAAAGAUUUAUGGCCAGGUCACCACCACGUACCGAUACGGACGAGAAGAGGAUGAGGUCAUGGGCCUCAAAUUCAGCAAGGAAAUGAUCCUGGCGAAGGAGCAAAUCGUACCGCCCAAGGAGAAGUCUGAACUCACUCCCAUCCAGGAGAAGCUGAUGAAGAAGCUGGGGCCGAACGCCUUCCCGUUCACCUUCCACUUCCCGCAGAACGCGCCCUGCUCCGUCACGCUGCAGCCGGGCGAGUCCGACACCGGCAAGCCCCUGGGCGUCGAGUACUGCGUCAAGACGUUCGUCGCCGAGGGCGAGGACGACCGCGUGCACAAGCGCUCCUCCAUCGCGCUCGCCAUCAAGAAGCUGCAAUACGCCCCGCCGACCCGAGGCAUCCGCCUGCCCAGCUCCCUCAUCAGCAAGGGCUUCACGUUCUCGCAAGGCAAACUCAACCUGGAGGUGACGCUGGACCGCGAGAUCUACUACCACGGCGAGAAAGUCGGCGCCAACGUCAUCAUCACCAACAACUCCCGCAAGUCCGUCCGCAACAUCAAGGUGUACGUGGUGCAGCACUGCGAGGUGACGAUGGUGAACGCGCAGUACUCGCGUCACGUGGCCGGCAUGGAGACCCGCGAGGGCUGCCCCAUCACCCCAGGCGCCUCCUUCAGCAAGGUCUUCUACCUGGACGAUGACGUCAACCUGGCUUCGUCCACGCUGGUGGCGGACGGCAAGGGCCCCGCCGAGUCCAUUGGUAUCGUCAUCUCCUACUCCGUGCGCGUCAAGCUCAACUGCGGCACCCUGGGCGGUGAGCUGGUCACCGACGUUCCCUUCAAGCUCCUGCACCCGGCCCCAGGCACGGCCGAGCGCGAGAAGGCGAACGCGCUGAAGAAGAUGAAGAGCAUCGAGCGCUCGCGCUACGAGAGCUCGCGCUACGCCACCGACGACGAGGACAACAUCGUCUUCGAGGACUUCGCGCGCCUGCGCCUCAACGAGCCCGAAAAACACAAAAAAAAUGGGAAAAAUAUAAAAACUGAGUUUUUAAAAAAUAGGAAUAACCCGCAAGAUAAGUUUUACACAGAUAGAAGUUUUACACAUGACAUUUACUUAACUGAACCAUAUUCUCGAGAACAUUUAACAUCUAUCCAAAAUUUCGCAAACUCUUUAUUU